AUGGCUGAGCCCAAACCCGCCACCUCUAAGACCACCUGGUUGGCCAGCAACGACGGCGUUGUCCAGGAAGUUGACCGUGUCGUCGCCGAGCGAUCCAUGCUCAUCAAGAACAUGCUCGAUGAUCUAGGUGACUCGGCCAUAUCGAAGGACAACCCGAUCCCGAUCCCCAACGUCAACGAUGCGGUCCUUCGGAAAGUCAUCGAGUGGUGCGAUCAUCAUAGGAACGAUCCCCCCACCAGCCAAGAUGACGAUGACGCCGCCCGGAAGAAGAUGACCGAGAUCGAUGAGUGGGACCAAAAGUUCAUGCAGGUCGAUCAGGAGAUGCUCUUCGAGAUUAUCCUUGCCUCGAACUAUCUUGACAUCAAGCCCCUACUGGACGUCGGUUGCAAGACAGUCGCCAACAUGAUCAAGGGGAAGUCCCCCGACGAGAUCCGGAAGACUUUCAAUAUUACGAACGACUUCACUCCCGAGGAGGAGGAGCAGAUCCGCCGUGAGAACGAGUGGGCCGAGGACCGAUAA